CAUUGAGAUAGUAAAAUGAUAAGGGUAAUACAAAUAAAACACAUUUAUAGUUGACUGCCUUUUUAAUUAAAAAUGCAUACAACAUUUGAAAUAUAAUUUGAGUACUUCUUUUUAAUUUUAAAUGUACACACGCAUCUCUAGAUGUAAAUUUAAACAUAAAACAACAAAAAAAUAACAGUCUUCUGUAUAAAAGUAAAAAUAUAGUAAAAUAAUUGAUUAAGCAUUAUUAUUAAUACUAAAUUGGGAGAUUCUUCAUAUAAUUGCAACAUUUUGUUUGCGUUAUAGAAAAUUGUAUUACAAUUGGAUUCGAUUUAAACAAAAUUUAAUUCAAAAUUAUUAUGAGUAUAUCACAAUUAAAAUUAUUGAAAAUACAAAAAGCUGAGUAUAGAUACAGGAAAAUAAUUCCCUACUUGUUAUUUUUUUUAUAUCCUAUUUAUUUUAAGCGAAUUAUACUAACGGAAAUAUGAUUUAUGCUGUAUACAAAAUUUUGCUCCGGAAACCAAUAAUUGUAGAAAUAUACUACAUUGUCUAGCUGCUUGGAAGACUGUUGAGUUGGGAGAACUACAAUCCUAAUGAUUCCUUGACACAGUACUAAAUUUUUUAAUUAAGCAAAAAACUAAUACGAACUAUAUUUUUUUAAUAAAUUACUACUAUUACUACAACAAAGUUUCGCCUAAAUAUAAAAUGAGCAAAAUAUCAACUAGUCAGGUAUAUAAAGUAAAUAUGUUUUUCCAAUGACCAAAUAUGCAUAUAUAACACAAUAAUUAUGAAAAAUUGGUGUCAAUAAGCAAAUAUUAGUUCAUAGCAGGCAGUUUAUCAUCAUCUAGCGCAAUCAUUUAAAAGACCUUUAUCAUACUAUACGUUAUAAUCCAUUUUAAUACGUCUUCAAAAUAGUUUUAGUAGAUUCUCAAGGAUAAAAAUAAAAUUAGAUUUGGAUGUCACAUUUCUAAAUAAAUUUAGAUUGUCCGGCUUGUUGUCAUUCAUCGAUUAGCUGAGUAACACACCUCAGAAAGGUUUGAGUUCAAUCUUAUCACUUACUGUCUUUCUUCUGUACACCUUCAAUACCGGUCUAAAAUGGGGUGGAUAGCAACAGAGUUGACUGGAAACUACCGAUGCUACCCGAGCUCUCCAACAUGAUCACACCUAGAGGAGUAUUUGCAAGACCUAUUCGACAGGCAGACGUCCCACUACAAUCUACAGAAGUUUAAGAUCACUAUCCACAGGCUAAGUUGGAAGUUUUGUAACCGUUGGUGAUAUUCAUAUGAACAUACUGUUUACACUACCACUACAUCAACACUCACAAUCACAACGACUGAAGGUUCACCUUCUGUCUCUGAAGACGAUAACUUGUUUAUCGAAAUGGGUGUCGGACAGUGUAAUUCAGUGUAAUUGUGAGUGUUGUUGAAGUUGUAGUGUAAAUGGUGUGUUCAGUAAUAUCCACAUGGCAGGCACCACUGCUUUUUACACAAAAAUAUAUAUAUAAGAGAGAUAAUUAUUAUUGCUCCACUCCAUCCCACUGCCACGCAUGAAGCACGGCGCUGUCACGAGUUCUCUUCGAGGUUACGCGGCUAAAGACGAAUCCCGCGUUUAUAAAGACGGUUUCCCGCUCAUUUUACUACGUAUUACGAUAUUCGGUUUUCUUAUAUUUUUACUAUAAAUCUCGCGUUUAAUUUUCAAUAGUUUCGUAAUCACUUGUGAUCCAGUUUAAAUUCCAUCAAUUAUUGAUGUUGCCAAUAGCAAAAAGUCUCUUUUUACAAACGAACAAAGACCAAAAAUACAAAUUUUCGUAAUAUUUUGGGUUUUAAAUAGUGUAGGAAUAUAUUCACAAGAUUCUACUGUCAGUAUAACGAGUUUUCAGUAUGAAAAUGAAGAAUAUAAAUGAAUGAAUGGUGAAAAAAUACAAUUCAAUAAUAUAUAAGGUAAAUACUGUUUCUUUUUAGUUGGAUAACGAAAAUUUUUAUGAAAAAAUGUAACGAAUAUGCAGUUAAUCACAAUAUGAAUAUUGAUUAUUUGAACAAAAUGUUUAUAAGAAAUAGUACAAAAUUAUUUUGGCACUUUUCACCUGGUUGUGUUUGAGGAAACAAGAUUUACCCAAUAUAUAAUUAAAUUUAUAAAGAAAUGUAAAAAAUAAACCCUGUAUAUUAUAUGUUGUUAAAAAUUGAUACUAUAUUCAAUUGUUAUUAAAUAUUUGUCGUUUCUAUCUUAACAAUUUGUAAAUUCUUUGGUUUUUAUGCAGAUGAGAUUAUAAAAAAAAAUAGUCCAUAUCGUAGACCAGACAAAUAAAAAUACUAUAAAGCUCCAAAAGUUAUAGAAGUUCAUAUUAUUUCGAUACUUUUAUAAAUAAAAGCUUUGUUCAUAAAAGAUAGUUUAUAAAUUAGCAGCAAAUCAAUUACAGCCAUACUCAAUUUAUUAUAAGAACUUUUUUAUAGGUUUUGUUUUUGUUCUUUGUCUGAAUUAUUUUUUCGACAUCCAUAAAAUAGUUUUAAAAAUAAAGGGCCAAAGUUUAGUUUGUUUGUUGUUGAAAAAGUUGUUAAUCUAUAAAAAUAACCGUAAAAAUAUUUCUUCAUCGUAUUAAAAUAUUAAUUUUCGCGCGUAAUUUCACUAAAUGUCAUACUAUGUAAUCAAUUAUGGCGUCUGUUGAUCACUAAACGAAUAUUCAUAACCCAUCUGCCUGUCUAUAACUUGCAUCUUAUUUUAACAUACGUGUAUUAAAUAUUUCACCCUGUUUUAUACAUUACAAGUAUUGUACGAAAUCCCGCUACCUGAUUGGAGUAAUCAUUUUGCUUUAUCAAUAAAAAUCGUUUAACUAAAAUCGAUUCGUGAGAACGUGCCUUUAGAUAUGUGUGACUGUUACGUGACAGCAGAUAUCCGUCAGUUGAAAGUGUUGUGAAUCUUUUCUAAAUUUAAAUUACAAUUAAAUUUUUAUUCAGUGAUGGAAUUAAGUGCAAUGCAAUUAAUAGUGAGCGAUAAUUCGUUAAUUUUGAGUUCUUUAAUAUGUUUUAAAUUCAACUUAUCACAUACAUAAAAUUUUUAAAUGGAUUCUGUACUGUGGUACACCUUUCGAUAGAGUGUACCAACAAUGGAUAUCCCUUUGAAAAUUAUCUAGGAAAGAUGACUCCAUAUCGGAUAGUAUCCAACAAAAGUUUCGACAGGAUUGAUUAUCCAGGUUGUACCCCGAAGAAAGUUUGGAUGGUAAUUAGACAUGGAACGAGAAAUCCAAAAUACUCACUUAUAGAACAAAUGAACAAUCGUUUACCAGAAAUUAAAAAAAUUGUUCUCGACAGCUCUGCUUUACCUAAUGAAUUUAUUAAACAUAGAGAUAUGGAUUUGUUACGUAAAUGGAAAAUCAGUUUAGAUCCCGAUGAAAAAAAUAAAUUGACUCACGAAGGUGAAGAAGAAAUGCUAAUUUUAGCAGAAAGAAUGCAAAGUAGAUUUCCUAAUUUGUUUGACGAAGUCUACAGCAAUACAUCUUAUAAGUUCAAAUAUACUUAUUCGCAGAGGACUCAGAAGAGCGCUUACUAUUUCGCAGCCGGUUUAUUUGGAAAAGCUACAGCGAAAGAUGUUUGGUUUCCGGAACCUUUAAAAAAAGAUCCAAUAUUGAGGUUUUAUAAAUUAUGUGAUAAAUGGAAAUAUGAUAUUAAAAAUAAUCCUGGGGCUUUAAGAGAAAUUACACUAUUCGAAAAUGGUGCCGAAAUUGAUAAAUUGGUGAAAGACGUUAAUCAGAGAUUGCAAUUAGAUGACAAUCCUCUAAAUGCAGAGGAUAUAGUUCUUAUUUAUAAAAUGUGCGCUUAUGAAACCGCGUGGAACAAGAAGAGUAAAUCACCGUGGUGUGCUUUCUUCAGUCUUGAUAAUUUGAAGGUACUGGAAUAUGGUCAAGAUUUAAAAAGUUAUUGGCAAGACGGUUACGGUCAUGAAUUAAAUUACAAGCAGGCAUGUCCAGCGAUUAAAGAUAUGAUAAAUUUUUUGCAGACUAAAAACCGUUUUCCUAGAGUGAAUAUAUAUUUGACCCAUUCCGGAACCAUAUUGAAAUUAUUAGCUCACCUCGGUUUAUAUAAAGACGAAGAAACUUUGACUGCCAAAAAUUAUGAUACCUCCAAUAAUAGAAAAUGGAAAACGAGUCUUAUAGACUCGUUUGGAUCCAAUUUAGCUUUUGUUACAUUUGAAUGUGGACCGGAAACAAAACUUCUUACUAUGCACCAAGAAAAUAUUGUGAGAUUACCUGCAUGUCCAGAUUCAGAUUUGUGUGAAUUAAACACUGUGAGAGAUUAUUAUUUCCCCAGUAUUAAUAGCUGUGAUUUUAGUAGUAUGUGCCGAAGGACUCAUUCUUCGAAAUGAUGAUGACCAAUUAUUCAAUUGAUUAUUUUAAAUAGCUUCAUCAUAUAUUUAUGUACUAAUUAUUGAAUUCUAAUAUAUUUAUACAUUUUCCGUUCA